AGCGGCGGGGGAGGGGGCAGCGCCUCCGCCUCUUCCCGGGGAGGACUGGCGGGAAGCGGCCAUCCCGCCCACCCGCCUGGCGGGACGCUUAAAGUGCGCUGGAGCAGCCGGGAACCCCUUUAGAUCCCGCUCGGCACCGCCAUGUCUACCCCCGCCAAGCGGCACUGCCAGAGCCCCGCCGGCUCCCUCGAAUCCAGCUUCCAGAAGCGCCUCAGGAAGAUUUCCAUCGAGGGGAAUAUCGCUGCGGGGAAGUCAACGUUUGUCAGGCUGCUGGAGAAACACAGCGAUGAGUGGGAGAUCAUCCCCGAGCCCAUCGCUAAGUGGUGCAACAUCCAGACAGCCGAGGAUGAGUAUAAGGAACUUUCAACAUCUCAGAAGAGCGGAGGAAACUUACUUCAAAUGCUGUAUGACAAACCCUCAAGAUGGGCUUACACAUUUCAGACUUAUGCCUGCUUGAGCCGAGUAAAAGCCCAAUUAAAACCUCUCUCAGCCAAGCUGUACGAAGCAGAACAUCCAGUGCAAUUUUUUGAAAGAUCUGUGUACAGUGACAGAUAUGUGUUUGCUUCCAACCUGUUCGAGUCUGGAAGUAUUAAUGAAACAGAGUGGUCUAUUUAUCAGGACUGGCACACCUGGCUUUUGAAUCAGUUUCAAUCAGAUAUAGAACUGGACGGCAUGAUCUAUCUCAGAACCACACCUCAGAAAUGCAUGGAAAGGCUACAGAUGAGGGGCAGAAAAGAGGAGCAAGGAAUCGAGCUUGAGUAUUUGGAAAACCUCCACUAUAAACAUGAAACCUGGCUUCAUGAAAGGACUAUGAGAGUUGAUUUUGAGAACAUUAAGGAGAUUCCUAUUCUAGUUUUGGAUGUUAAUGAAGAUUUUAAGAACGAUAAGAUUAAACAAGAGUACCUGAUUGAUAAAGUCAAGUCAUUUCUGACCUCUUUAGAAGAUGAAAAUUAAUCCUAAUAAGAAGUCCAUGAAGUUCACUCAACAAUCUGUGUGUUUAAAAAUUUACUUAAAACAAAUGCAUAACCUGUAUAGCUGAUUUUAAAGCAAGCCUGAAAUGUAAUAACAUGAUUUGGGAUUUAUUUUUAUCCUUAUCUGAGCUGUGUGUUUUGCUAGACCUUUUUGUAUAGCUGAAAAGAACAAUUAUGGGAUGUUUUGAUAUUGAUUUUUUUUCUUGUAUAUUCUCUGCUGUUUAAUAAAGAUUUUAAAGUGA